GUGGUGGGCUGUGGAAACUCGGAGCUGAGCGAGCAGAUGUAUGAUGUGGGGAUGUGUGAGGACAUCGUAAACAUCGACAUCAGCGAUGCAGUGAUCCGUCAGAUGCAAGAGCGGAGCAGGAGCAAGAGGCCAAAGAUGAGCUACCUGUUGAUGGACAUGCUUCAGAUGGACUUCCCUGACGCCCACUUCCAGGUGGUCCUGGACAAGGGCACGCUGGAUGCUGUCCUCACCGACGAAGAAGAGGCCACUCUAGCCAAGGUAGACAAGAUGUUUGCCGAGAUCAGCCGGGUCCUGCAGGUAGGAGGGCGCUACCUCUGUGUCUCCUUGGCUCAAGCCCAUGUGCUGAAGAAAGCGGUGGAAUACUUCUCCCAGGAAGGCUGGGUCGUGCGUGUCCAUCAGGUGGCUGGCAGUGGGGACAAGCAGCAGUUUGUCCUACCAGUCUUCGUCUAUGUCAUGACAAAGUUCAGGAAGAUCCCUGGGUCGGCACUGCAGAUCCUGGAGAUCUGCCCCGAGGAGCAGGACAAGCCGAUGCGGGUGGAGAGCGUGGAGCAGCUGGUGGCGGCAGUGAAGGACAGGCAGCAUUACUCCCUGCUCUGCAGCCAGCUGAGCAAAGCUCCCUGCGGGGAGCAGGUUUCCCUGGAUCUGUGUGACAAAGAGAGCGGGAUGCCUCGCUACACGCUGCACGUGGUCGACAGCCCCUCGAUGAAACCUUCCCGGGACAAUCACUUUGCCAUCUUCAUCAUCCCGCAGGGCAGAGAAACCGAGUGGCUCUUUGGGACAGAGGAAGGGCGGAAGCAGCUGGCUGCCAGCGCGGGCUUCGGACGCCUGGUCACUGUGGCCCUGCACAGGGAGCAGCACUACGAGGGCAUGGCUGGCAUCCAGGUGGAACUGUCGGGGAAGGUGAUGGAGCUGGCCCCACCGGGCCUCCCUGCCCGGCAGCAGGUGCCCUUCCUGUCCGUGGGAGGGGACAUUGGGAUGCGGACGGUGCGGCACCGCGACACAAGUGCCCUGAGUGGGGAGUAUGUCAUCGAGGACGUGAAGGGGGAUGGCACCUGCUACUUCCGCCGCCUCAUCUUCCUCCGCAACAGGAAUGUGGUGCAGUCAGAGGCUCGGCUGCUGGCCCCUGCAUCUCUCCCGGGCCAGAAGAAACGGAGGAAGGACAAGAAGAAACCCAGCCCCACUGAGCCACCUGCAGCCAUCGACAAGAGUUACCUGUGCUGCGAGCACCACAAGGCCAUGGUUGCGGGGCUCUGCCUGCUGGGGGGCCCCGACGCCCUCCCAGGUGAUGAGGCCAGCAGUCUGGUGGUGGUGCUUGGUGGGGUCAGCCUGCCCCUCUUCAUCCACGACUACUUCUCGCAGGCCCACGUGGCCGUGGUGGAGAUCGACCCCUCCAUGCUGGAGGUGGCUACGCGCUGGUUCGGUUUCUCCCAGGGUGACCGGAUGCGGGUGCACGUCUCCGAUGGCCUGGACUACGUGGCCAAGCUGGCAGCUGAAGCCCCAGCCCAGUAUGACGUUGUCAUGUUCGAUGUGGACAGCAAAGACCUCAAGGUGGGGAUGAGCUGCCCGCCCCCAGCCUUCGUGGAAAAGCCCUUUCUGCAGAAAGUUAAAACCAUCCUCAAGCCAGAAGGAGUCUUCGUGCUCAACUUGGUGUGCCGUGAUGCCCAACUGAAGGAGUAUGUCCUGGCCACCCUCAGGGAGGUCUUCCCACUGCUCUACACACGCCGCAUUGAAGGGGAG